AUGACUGAAAGCAAGAAACGAGUCCUUUGCUGCCAGGAGUGCGGUCUUGCUGUCGCUCGACCAAGCCACUUGGCUCGUCAUUUACAAUCCCACCUACCUCCUGCUCGCCGUGACCACUUUACCUGUACCGAGUGUGGACGCCAGUUCUCCCGCAACGAUGUCCUGUUACGGCACCUGCGGACCGCGCAUCAGGCAUACAUCAGUCGGAAAAGAACGGCCCAGAAAAGCUGCUUUCGCUGUGUCAAGAAGAAAUUGAAGUGUGACAGGGAUCAGCCGUGUCUGCCUUGCACAAAGUCUGGCGCUGCCUGUGAAUAUGCAAUUGACGAGUCUACGACCGAGGCGGGGACCGAACCAUCACAAGAGAAAACAGAACCAAACACCGCAGAUGGACUCCCAGUCAAGGAGCAGGCCAUGUGCGAGAACAAUGGAUUUGAUGUUUCGAAUCCCUACCAAGACCCUGCCAGUUCACACAUGCCGGUCCUUCAAGCCAACAAUGUAUAUAUUCACACUCAUCCUCAGAGUUCAGCAGGGCCUCAAGCGUACUCUGAGACUGCUCAAUACUUUCAGUCAACUUCGGAUGCGAAUGGCCCCCCCAUCAUGACGACGGAUAUGACAUCUUUUGCUACCAUGAGUCCAACAGAUGGCAACGCAACGUUCACUCAGCCAUACAUAGCAUGUGAGAAUGCGUACCUCCCGGCAGAGUUCAAUUUCUUUCCUUCGAAUUCGGCACCCAGGAUUGCCGGCAUGGCCGAAGGAGGUCUUGACUGGCUGGGUCUGGAGCUGGAUUCUCCAAACAAGAGCGAUGCCAGGGCACAAUCCAUGGGUCAGAUUUAUUCUCCUGGAUCUUUCCAAUAUUUACCUAAUCAACCAAUGAUGCUGGGAGAUUCUGAAGCUCUUAUGGGCAGAUUACCGUCAUCUCAUGCGGUCGGAAUGCAGCACUCGAGACCCAAAGACAAUAUGAGUACGGCAGCCCAACGUACAGACUCACAAACGGGGACUCAACAAUGGCCUUUCGAUCAUACAAGAAAUCCCGAACCACAGAAACAUAAACUGCCACCGUUGCGGGAUAUCCUCCAAGGCACUAUCACCUCAAGUGACAGCGGCAGCAUUAUACGAAGUCUGGUGCAACUUCUAUCCACGCCAUGCCUACCCGAUGUUGAAUCGGCAGACAUGAAUAUGAUGAGUGCUAUGGAUGUCUUGAAGAACUCAUUGGAUCUAUAUUUUACCGAGUUUCAUGCUGUGUUGCCUCUAGUGCAUAUCCCUACUUUUAAUAUGGCACAGGUGCCGACGGUGACAUUAGCGUCAAUGUCAUGUAUCGGGGCCAUGUACUCUGAUGACCGACAGGGGACCGAACAAGCCUCCUCGCUGAGUGAGAUGUGCAUUCAAAUGAUCGCUUGGCUGGGUGGUUCCGAUAGCACCAACUUCUACAAACCCGCUUAUCUGAUCGCUUGCUGUCUGCACCAAAUUUACUCCUUGGGUUCCGGCAACAGGCGUUUGUAUCAGAAUGCCGACUGUAACAGGGGUAUCCUUAUUGGAUGUCUCCGAGGAAUGGGCAUUCUGAAGUCUCGUGUCAGCACGGAGGUCGAGGACGAAGAUAUCAGAGAUGCCUUGACUGUCGCUAAUGCCACGAAUGAAUGGUUACGUUGGAAGGAUCAAGAGGAAGAGAAGCGGAUUGCAUGGUCGGUGUUCGAAUAUGAUUGCAGUCUCUGCACUCUGACCUCAAAGAGGGGAGCUGUUGAUCUUACUGAACUUCCAAGCCAUCUGCCAUGCGCCGAGCCUUUAUGGGAUGCACCUUCGGCUCAAGCAUGGAAUGUACUGCAUUCCCGAGUUUCCCUGACCGCGCGAGGAGCCCCAACGUCAAGUAUCCUUCGCAAUUUGCUGGCCGGCAAGGAGGUCCCUUUGGAUUUACCUGCUUGGAGUAAGAGACUCUGUGCGCAGUAUAUAGGCCGCCUUUUGUGGGACCUGAAGCAGUUGGACAUUAUGGCGACCAAUGAGUACCUCAAAUUGCCUUCUAUGUCUGCCGCUCAGCAACAUACCAAGUCUAUGCUUCUCCAUGGGCUCAACACAAUCUGCGAAUCCAUGUAUACUCCGGCCACUACGGCCGAAUUGAUCCACUACAACCUUGCGUCCCUCAUCUGUCAUUACUCCCAUUUGUAUAGUGCCGACGAAGCUAUGGACCUGAUCGUCCACAUCUUCCGGACCUCGGCUUCACAAACAAAGUCUCCUGACCCCAGCGCCGUGUCAGCUAGACGAAGACUCGGUGCAAUUUUAGUAAAGAACCCUCAGAAGGCCCGGAAUUUGGCAUGGCACGCGGCACAAAUCAUCGCAGUGGCAAACGAGUACCUUGUCUCGGCGCCAUGUGAGAUCAUGCGGGUUUUCAUGGGCUACAUCUUCAUUCUAGCCUUUGCUAAGUUUGGACCUCAACCGUCGUCCGACUCCAACCUCGAUUCUUCUCCAGUUCGACUGGACCUUUCCAAUCGGGUAGCAGGCCAAAAGGCUGCCAUCGCCACUUGGAUCCAACAUGGAGGGUAUGCAAGCAUCGGUUUGGUUAAAAACGUCUACAGCAAUGGAGGGUUGAACGCCAUAAGUCAUGAGGCUCAGACGAUGUUGCGAAAGCUGAGAUAUUGGGGUCUUGCCAAGAAGUUCAUCCGAAUCCUUGAGAGCUUUGAUCUUAUGGACUAG